CAUUGAGAGAGUUAAAAAGAGCCACAGCCUUUCCAUGUGAAUUCCCUUCGUGGACUUUUUUUUUUCUGCAUAUCAGUUGAAACUCUGAAUGCGAGUCAUGAGAACAUGAGGUGAAGUGGUGUGGAGAGAGAAACACAGAAGUGCUGCGCGCUCCCUCGUCUCAUCAGCUCUGCUCUAGCAGACAGAAGAUCCUCACAUGAUAGCGCUUACACCAACGGACGGAUCUUUCCACAGGCACACACUCACUUCAUAACUCUGAACUUUGUGAACAGCAUCCCAUGCUGCUGUGAAGACUUUCCUGUAGCGCUCAGGACAUCUUCAAACAGGUGCGAUGGCGAGGAUAUCCAGCUCUACUCAUAUUUGUGUGCUGCUCUUGACCUUGGGCUUCCUGGUCUUUGAGAUUGUAGUCGGGCAAAUCUGCAGAUCCCUCCUCAUCGCGGUGGACAGUUUCCAUACGAUCUACAUUUUCAUAAAUCUGUCUCUAUCAGCAUUAAAACAUAAUCCUAAUUCUCCAUUGAUAUCACCUGAUACCUCCACAAAUGCUGGUCCAUCUCUUCCAAACAUCUCUGCUUUAGAAGGUCCGAGUCCUCUGUAUAUUGAGGACUACAGAAGGAUACGUCUCAAGCCCUUCGGCAUCCUGAUCUCAGCUCUGCUCAUGGCAUCUCAGUGUGUCUCCAUUAGUCUGGAGAUUCUCACACAUCUCGUGCAGCCAGAACCUAUUCAGCACCCACUCCUGUCUAUUGUUGUUGGAGGAGCUAGUCUGGUAGCCAAUAUACUCGUGUUGGCCUGGAGAAGAAGAAGCAGAAGGAUUGAUGAAGCUGCUGAUGAGAUCAGCAAAAGUCCGAUGCAAAGUGACCCUCAUUCUACACCAAAAAGCAAAGGAAGUGCUCUCCAGGAUGACGCACUGAUGUUCUGCAACCCUGAAGCAUCUAGUGUUCUGGAUCCAGAUCAAGACUCUCAGGACUGCUCUUCUGAGUUACCAAACCCCAGCGUCACUGAUCCACUUCAGUCCAGUCACUCUCAAGUGUCUAAAUCCAGUGUUGGUGAAAGUUCUCAGGAAAUCAUUCAGCAUGGAGAGCAAAUUCCAGAACAACCGUGUGACUCCACCUGCACCAAAUCCACUGAUUCCCAGUGUGUUCCUAAAGGAUCUAGGUUUAUACUACAGCAGUUCGGCUUCAUUAGUGUGAUCCAGGACUUUCUGGGUUCAAUCCUCAUUUUGACUAAUGGUCUGGUUCUCCUGCUGUCUGAAGCGCACUGCCAUCGGCCUCACUCAGACUGUCACCUCCUAGUUUAUCUGGACUCAGGUUUUUCCACAGUCUGUGUGCUGGUUUUGUUAUCCGCAGCCCUGCCGAAGCUGCGCCGCUACGGGCUGCUGGUGCUCCAGGCGACGCCGCUGCAUCUCUCUGCCGGUCAGGUGCAGCUGUGCAUCAGUGAAGUGCCGGGCGUGUUGUCGGUUCAUGAGCUGCACGUGUGGCAGCUGUCAGACACGCUGAUGGUGGCAUCACUGCACGUUCACUGUUCGGACGGGCUGAACGCAGCGCAGUACGAAGAUCUGAUGGUGAAGAUCAAAGCAGCCCUAGCCACUUUUGGCAUUAACCACUGCACCGUGCAGCCGGAGUUCAUCAGGAGCGAUGCAGCGACCAGUGGCGCCCCGGUUUCAGUGUGGUCGGCCUGCAGUUUGCGCUGUGGGCAGGAGUGUGCAGAGAAGCUCUGCUGCUCCCCUCAGGUGGAUGAAACCAACUAUCCCAAGACAGAGAAUCCUGUUUGUGUCCAGGAGGAGAAAUCCUGCUCCUUAGCGCCGCACAGUGUUGAUGUGACAAGAGACGUGGUUAUUGAGAACACGUACCUGUGAUUAAAGGUUGUUGGUAUGUUUGUGAACUGACAGCAUUGUAAGUACUGUACAUGAUGGACACUCCAGCAAAAAACGUGUUUAUAUAUGCCAAAAACAAGGGGUAAUCACUAAUUUAUUCGGAGCUGAAAUCAUCAUUGUACUGCUUUGCAUUAUGUUACGACGAGUGAUAUUUAUAUCAUUUUAUGUAGGCUAAGUAGUCUGUUAUACUGCUAUAUAUUUUGGGCAUCUGAAUAAAAUUGAUAUGUUUGUUACUCCUCAUCCUCACUGAACUUCAGAUUCUCACUAUAUCAUAUGAACCAUAAAAGUCUGAUACAUCUAAUAUGAUUAAACACACACACACACACACGUUUGUUUUUGUGAAUUGUGGGGACUUUCCAUAGACUUCUAUAGAUUUUAUACUGACCAAACGAUAUUGUCUAUCCCCUAACCCAACCCUAACCCUAAACCUACCCCUCACAGAAAACAUGUUUGCAUCGUUACACUCUCAGAUAAACAUAAUUUACUAUUUUUAAUCAUUUUUUAACAUUGUGGGGACCAAUGUAAAAAAUUUGAGGUUUUACUAUCCUUGUGGGGACAUUUGGUCGCCACAAUGUAGCAAAAACAA